AUGGCUGCAAUGAGGACAGUUCAAAGAGAAAACAUCAUUGGAGAUGAGAAUGCUUGGACUCCAUACCAUGGCGCUAGGAACAAGGGAGCUGCUGUUGAGAGGACGCCUCGUCCUGCUGGGGGAUUUGGAGUCGGCGCAAAGGAUCGCAUGGUUGCUCCUGGGAGUUCCGUCCGUGCCUUCGGCACAGAGCUGCGGAACAACGUCAACUCCCACCGCGUUGUUCCGAGCACGCCAGUAUCCAAGAUUUUCGUUGCUCCUCUAACCACGGUUAAGGGAAGCAGGUCAGCUCUGCGGGACGUCACCAACGAGAACGAUCCGGCGACUCAGAUGAAGCCUGCUGCCAAGCGCAGAUUCGGAGAUGCCCUGACGAACACCAUCCAGAAGCCGAUUUCGAGCAACCUGAAUGCUAACACCACCCAGAAGGCCAAGACCACCCAGAAGGCUCAACCGUCCAUUACCCGUCGACUUAAGCUGGAAGAGGAGAAGGAAUUGUCCGGGUCGGAUCUGAAGGGAGGUCAGAACACGCAGGCCAACGGAGUCCCUGAUGUCAUAAUGCCGCUGCCCUUCAAGCAAGUCGAGAAGAUUAGCUCAGCAAUUCAGGAUCUCGCGAUUGAGAAGGACAAAAAGGGAAAGACGGAGAAGGAGCUGAUCGCGCUGAACGACAUUGACGCACUGGCGGAGCUCUAUGCAGCUGAUGGGGUGGAGAGGAUGCCGAUGGAUGGUGAUAGCUACGAGGCAGCCAUUAAGGCUCAGGCUGAUGAAGAAAUUCGUCAGCGCGUUGACAUGAUUCGGUCCAUCCGCGUGGAACCUCCAUGCCUUUAUGGCAUCUCGAAGCAACAAAAGGAUCCAGACAUGAUACCCCUUAUGGAUGAUCCCCCCAUGCCAUCACCUCCUGGAGGCAAGCUUCCGUCUCUGUCUCUGCUGGAUGGUGACGAUUAUCUGGAUGACAUGGUGGGAAGCUUCCCAAGCGUGGACGACCUGGAUGUUGGAUGGAGUGCACUGGAGUGA